AACCGGUAUUAGUUUCAAUCGGGAAACUGUCUCCGCCACAUCGCAAGCUAGGACAGCGCCGCUCCGCGUCGCAACGUUUUUUGCACGAGUUUUUUUCACGUAUAUUUGUUCAUUGACAAAAACUGAAGCUGCUCUCCGUACACGCGUGUGAACCUGUGUGUGUGUGUGUUGUUGUUGUGUGGCGCGCUUGUGUAGCCGUGCGACUAGUCCUGAGAGUGUGAGUGCGAGUGCGAGCGCUGGGUUGGCUUUGUGUGCAGAAUAAUUUUUGCAAACAUUAUGUAAAUGCGCAAAUUAAAGUUCAAUCGACACUAAGCUCAGCAAUCCGGGCGAAAGACCAUUUCAAAUUCGAAUCAAGAUUACCUGGCGUUACAUGCCCGAAAGUUACACUUAUCAACAAAUAAAUACAGCCCAGAACAGGGACAACAGUUACACCCGACAGAGGGCGCAGUCAAGGCUCCAGAAAAAAACCGUUAGUACAGAAAACAAAUAUGGCCACGACAGCGGCAGCCAUGGCUGCCACCAGCGUCGUCGUUUUGGAUCGUGGCAAUAAUACGACCUGCACCAUCAACUUGCAUGGUGCCACAGUUGUCUCCUGGCGAGUGAACAACCAGGAGCAGUUGUUCGUUAGCAAGCUGGCCUCAUUUGAUGGCAAGAAGGCGAUACGUGGCGGGAUUCCCUUUGUCUUUCCUCAGUUUGGACCUUGGUCGUUUGGGCCGCAGCAUGGAUUCGCCAGGAUCACGCGGUGGCAUCUGGAGCGUGCGCCGGAUAGGCUGCACAACGGCGACGUCGAGGCCAUAUUCUCGCUGAUGGACAACGAGUUCACGCGCUCCAUUUGGAACUACCAAUUUCGCAUCACCUACCGCCUCAUUCUGCGCGAGAAGGAGCUUCACUUUCACAUUGGCGUCUACAAUCCAAGCAAGGAGCUGAGCUUCUCCUUCAACAUGCUGCUGCACACUUAUCUGAAGGUGCCCGAUGUGCGCCGCUGUCAGAUCACGGGCCUGCACGGCUGCCACUUUAUCGAUAAGACGCGGGAAAACGCGUUGUACCAGGAGGGACGCGAGGUGGUAACCGUUAACGAGUGGACAGAUCGUAUUUACCAGCACACACCGCAGGAGCACGUCAUCACCAACGUCGUCUCCGGCCGCAAGAUGAGACUGCACAAGUACAAUUUCCCCGACACAGUCAUCUGGAAUCCCUGGAUCGAUCGAUCGCGAGAGAUGAGCGACUUUGGCGAUGAUGAGUUCCCCAACAUGCUAUGCGUGGAGGCGGGCAAUGUGACUUCACCCGUGAUCCUGCUGCCGGGCACAGCUUUCGAGGCCAGCCAGAUCCUACAGAUCAUCAUCGAGGGGAAUGUCAGUCGCAAAACCAAAAGGAAUCGCUAGCGUUUAAAGAAUCGGAACCCCAUGAGGUAAACCGAUUCGCCAAAAACUUAAAGCGCACUUUUCAAGGAAGUUCACACCUCCCAACACACAAAGGAGGAGUGCCCAGAAAGGACAGAGGCAACGGGAGAUAUAGAACACAGUUUUGGUUGUUCCCGCAUGGAAUUUAGAAUCUAACCUUUAUUAUUAAGUAAACGUAAAUCCUUCUCUAGCAAUAGCAAUGUGUGUUGUGCAAAGAAAUCAAAGGGAAAAGUAAUUCCUAACCUACUCGUAGUUUUCCAUCCGAAACCGCAAGCAGUGCAGGCAGUGCUCUCCUUGGGCUAGAAGUAACUGUCACCUUAUGUGUGCUUUGGUUGGACCAUAUUUUAUGCAAGUCCUUCUAGUCUUGCACGAUUAUAUGGCAUUGCGGAUAGUUCGGUUUCAUAAAA